AAUAAGACCUCCCAAGUCUACCAAUCUGAGGGUGUGACCAAACUCUCCAGGAAUGGAAAGAGAUAACCCUCAUCUCUAUGGGGUCUUAGAUAAGGCAUCGAAGAUGAUAUCUAGCACUAAAUGAGCUAUUGAUAAAUAUACCUCUCAUAAAUAACUCUGUUAGCUCUGAGAGAGAGUCUAAACAGAUAAAAAGUUUGAAUAGCCGUAAGACUUAUAAGACUGCUAAGAACACUAGUCGAAGGGACAAUCCUCCCAAUUCUAAUCCGAAGCAUGGCUUUGAGGACCGGCCUCAAUUUAAGUUCCAUCGGCCUACGAGCCCUGUUUAUGAUUCGAUAAAUAGCUCAGAAGGGGUUGAUUUUAAACCUGUUAGUGUAAAGUUGAAAAAGUUUGUACCAGAAGAAACUGAAAAUUUUAGUUACGGAAGGAGCGAGACUUCUGAUGCCAGAAAUGUCACCACAGAAGAUGAAAUGGAGUUUGGUCCGAAGAAGAACACCUUUGAACCGCUUCUAACCCUUGAGAUUAUAUGAUCCGCAUUGCAUAUUGAUAAAUAUUACCAUGUUUUAAGGAGGAACGAGAUAGAAGUUGAGGACAUUUUCAUACUCACAGAAGAGGACCUCAUAGAAAUGAGAUUCUCUAUUGGUGCAAGAAAUCGUCUUUUACAGUUCCAAACCUUUUUCAAGAAGAAUAGUAAAGCUAAUAUUCAGAGAAUGGAGGCCUUUGAUCGGCUGCUCGAGGCUAUUUUGGACACGAAUCUGGGGUAUUCCCUCUCAAAUUUUCUCACUAUUACUCGUGCUACGAAAUAAUGAUCUGUUGAAAGCAAUGAAAAAUAUUGGCAGUGACGGAAAGUCACCUCAUCAAGCAUCAAGGACAAAAUACCUUAGCAACAACCCAAAGAACCCUCCACAGAGAAAUAAUUACUUAGCUCAGGAUAAUUCCUCAGAGGGUAAAAGGAACAGCAGUAUAGGGAGUUAUACAAAUUAUACUAAUUUUGCAGAAAGGUCUAGCCAAGCCUCUUCAAAUAUUUACACCACAAAUAUAGCUGCAAGAGCAGAGUCAGAUAAGGAGAAUAAUUUUUAUGAUAACUGUGAGGCAAACCAUCCUUCUAAACCCAGAAAGGAAGGUUCUUACAACACAAAAAGGGGCGAUAAAAAUCAUAAUUCAUCUACGAAGGGGGAAAAUAAUGAGAUUUACAACCAGAUCAUGAAUUUUAACACUCAUAAAGUUCCAUACAAGAAUUUAAAAGGGGGUUAUUUGAAUAAAUAUGAGAAUGAAAACACCUUUUUAUCAAACAAAUUAAAUCUGAUCCAGCAGGAAGAGCCGAAAAGUAAUUACUGAGUGCAGAAUAAGGUCAGCUAUUGAGGAGGAUCCAGAGACAAAGAAAUUACAGAGACUAUUAAGCCACCCCGAUACAAGAAGAAGGAGCAUUCAGGAAGUAUAAUUAGGACCUCUACAGUUAAUAAGCCUGGGAGGAGGAAAAGUAAACCUCCAAAUAAAAAGAUUAAGGAAACUCGGAGAUUUAAAAGAACUAUUGAUUAUAAUUAAUACUGGG